CAUCACUCCGCGCAAAGGUAACUUAAUCACCAAUUCUUUGUCUCUGCGCACUGCUAAGACCGAGCAGAGACUUCUUCGUACCUCUUUCCUUCAAGAUCCGUCGAGAUGGCAACCGAACCAGAGACCAAGAAGUUCGGCAAGGGCGAGCGUGUAGUGCCACACCACAGCGAGAAGGCUCCAAAAUACUAUCCAGCUGUUGAUGCUGCCGUCCCAAAGAAGAGUCGCAAGACCGUCCGUCCUACCAAGCUCCGACAGUCGUUAAAACCCGGCACCAUCCUUAUUCUGCUCGCCGGUCGUUUCCGUGGCAAGCGUGUCAUCCUCCUCAAAGACCUUGGCCAGGGUGUCCUCCUCAUUACCGGACCAUUCAAGAUUAACGGCGUACCUCUUCGACGUGUCAACGCCCGCUAUGUCAUUGCAACAAGCACUUCGGUUGACGUGAAGGGUCUCGAUAGCAAGAUUCUUGACAAGGUCUCGGAAGCUGGUUACUGGGGCGCUGAUAAGGCGGAGAAGAAGAAGAGCGAAGAGGCGUUCUUCAAGCAGGGCGAGAAGCCAGAGAAGAAACCACUGGCUGCUGGUCGCGCUGAUGACCAAAAGGCCAUUGACAAGGUCCUCAUUGCCAACAUCAAGAAGGAACAAUUCCUCGCCUCGUACCUUGGCUCGACAUUCAGCCUGAGGAAGGGCGAUAAGCCACAUGAGAUGGUCUUCUAGAGAGUUGCUUUAUGAUGAGGUCGUGGGGUUCAAAGUGGCGUUGGACUUUGGGAAAGAAAAAUUAUUGCAUGUGUGUCACGGUCCACAAUGGUACACCUCUGAUAUGAGAUCCAAGAAAGGACUCAAUUCGUCAAUAGACAGCUUCAAGCGUGCAUAGCUGUUAUAUUUUACAUAGCUCGUGGGUAAAACUGCAAGCUCACUAUUUCAACCCAAACUCUACUAGCCUCGCUUCAUAUCUUCAAGAGAUGCGUUAUCAUUCUUUGUCCUA